UUGCCUUUUCUAUUCCAAGUCUCUCUUCCCCCAUCUCUGCUUCUCUUCUUCUCCUGCACAGUCCACACUGUUCAUCUCCUCUUCGAUCCCCAAAUCCCAAGCUGACCAACCAAGCCCCCGCCCCGCAUGGAGUGGACGGCCCCGAAGUCCACCCCGCUCUCCCCGCCCCACCUCCUCUGGGACUGGGGCGACGCCGCCGCGCCGGGCUCCUCCGGCGAGGCGGCGGGGAGGCGCGGGAAGGAGAAGCGGGCCAGGGGGAAGGGGGCCGGCGGAGGAGGCGGAGGAGGAGGGGGCGUGAGGUGCCAGGUGGAGGGCUGCGGGGUCGAGCUCCGCGACGCGAAGGAGUACCACCGGAAGCACCGGGUCUGCGAGGCCCACACCAAGUUCCCCCGCGUCGUCGUCGCCGGCCAGGAGCGCCGCUUCUGCCAGCAGUGCAGCCGGUUCCAUGCGCUGUCGGAGUUCGACCAGAAGAAGAGGAGCUGCCGGAGGCGACUGUCCGACCACAAUGCUCGGCGCAGGAAGCCACAGCCGGACGCAUUCUCCUUUGCACCGGCAAGGCUCCCGUCGUCAUUGAUGUUUGAUGAUAGACGGCAAAUAAGUUUUGUCUGGAAUAAAGAUCCAAGCCAUGCAAGGCCUUUCCCAUGUUCUCCAUGGGACAGCCCAUCUGACUUCAAGCUCCCGCAAGUGAAGGAAAUAAGAGAAGUAUCAAUCAAUGGACAAGUUCAUUUUGAUAAAUCUCAUCUACCUAAUGCUGUUCCAGCACUGAGUCAUGACAUAGCUGAGCUGCUACCAAUGAAAGGUCCGGACGCAUCUGUAACCGCUUCGAAAUUAGGUGGAGCACCGGAUCUUCAGCAUGCUCUCUCUCUUCUGUCAGCUAGUUCUUGUGGAUUACCUGAUCCUGUACAGCAAGCAUCUUGUCUCGUCCAAUUCACUGGUGCCAGCCAAAACAGCCGGGGCCCUUCACCACAUGGAGGGAGCCCUCCGUCGGCGUCCUGUGCCGAAGGACAGCCCAUGGUGCCAUCGCCUCAGUUCGUCCGUUUCACCAUGGAUGGCGCCAGCAGUGGUUAUGAAUCUACUUUCUUCGGCGUAAACCGGAUGAAUUGAUGCGUGAAGACGCACGAGCAUCUGUACCAUUUUGGAUCUACAGCCAGGAAGAGCUUAUGCAAGAACUGCUCCUGUCAACUACUACCAGAGUGGAAAAUCUCACUGUUCAUGUUACCUAUAUACUCAUUGAUUACCUUGUUAUUUUUCCAUUGUACAACCCUGCUGCCAAUUGUUGGCUCGUUUUGAAACCAUUGUUGAUGAAUCUGGACAUGAUUUGUUUCAUAAAGUGACGACUUGUAUA